AUGCCGACGCCGUCGCCGUCGCCGUCGAAGUCGAUCGUCCAGCGCGACAUCGCGAACAGCGAGGCGGCGCUGCAGGAUGGGGAAACCCCGGAGGCGCGGAAGACCCGCGUGCUCGCCGCCAUCGAGGACGGCUCGCUCGCGAAGAGCGGCGUCACGAGGCUCGACCUGUCCGGGUGCGAUCUCGCGCGGCUGCCUGAGAAGAUCGGGGCGCUGACGUCGCUGGAGUUUUUGAACCUCGGGGACAACCCGCUGUCGUCGCUUCCCGAAUCCUUCGACGGGCUCGUGAACCUUCGCGUGCUGUUCUUCCUUCGGUGCGAGUUCGUGGCCGUCCCGGUCGUGCUCGGACGCAUGAAGUCGCUGUUCAUGCUCAGCUUCAAGGCCAAUCGCGUGAGGGACGUCCCGGAAGGGUGCCUCCCGCCGUCGCUCGGGUGGCUCAUCUUGAGCGACAACGAGAUCGAGAAACUGCCGGCGUGCAUCGGCGAGUGCGUCGGAAUUCGGAAGCUCCUGCUCGCGGGGAACAAGCUCACGAACGCGGGGUUGCCGGACGGGAUGGCGCGUCGACCCGACCCGACGCGACGGUUGCGGUUUCGGUUCGGUUUUUUUUGGUUUAGUUAUUUUGGUUUUCGGCUUCCACGCGUCGUCGUCGUCGUCAAAAAUCUCCGCCAGCUCGAGCUCCUGCGCAUCGCGGACAACGAGCUGACGUCCGUCCCGGAGUGGCUCGCGAACCACGACGCGCUCGCGUGGGUCGCGCUCGCGGCCAACCCCGUCGCGGCGCCGUGGGCGGCGGACGCGGAGAAACGCGCCAAGGCGACCGCGACCGUUCCGCCGCACGUCCACGGGACGAUAGGAAGGGAGCACACGAACAUGGCCGCGCUGGUGCCCGUCCCGGAGGUGCCGACGCUCGCGUUCGAAUCUCUGCGCGUGGACGAGUCGGAGACGCCGUUGGGACGCGGCGCGUCGGGCGCCGUCUACCCGGGGCUGUGGUUGAAAGAAGAGCCGCUGAACGCGUACGACUCGUGCCCGAACGUGUACCGCGUCGUGCCGACGCCGGCCGCGGUCAAGGUGUACAACCACGGCGCGAAGACCUCGGACGGGCGACCGAAGGACGAGAUGCACGCGUCCAUAUUAGCGUCGAAGACGGGGUGUAAGUCCAUCGUGCGCACGAUCGCGACGUUUCAAAAGGAGUGGACGCUACGGAACGAGCGCGACGGGUUCCCGGAGGAAGGGUUAGUCAUGGAGUUUCUGGAACAAGACGAGUGGGUCUCUCUCGGGUCGCCGCCCUCGUUCGACAGCGUGACGAGGGACACGUACUCGAGUAACGUGACGCGGUCGCGAGGGGAGAUCGUCGAGGUGGCGAGGGGCGUCGCCGCCGCGGGCGCGGCGCUGCACGGCGCGGGGGUGUGCCACGGCGAUCUGUACGCGCACAACAUCAUGUUUCGCAGCGACGCCGUGGGCAGAGCGCACUCGCGUCCGAAGCCGCCCGCGGCGAAGCUCAGCGACUUUGGCGCGGCGUUCUUCUACCCGCCCGGGUCUGAGUUUGGACGCGCGUUCGAGCGGAUCGAGGCGCGCGCGUUCGGGAUUCUCCUCCAGGAGCUCCUGUCGCGGCACGACGGGAAAGACGACGGCGGCGGCUCGGUGACGAUAGACGCGCUGAGAGAGAUGGUGAAGGAGUGCGUCGGUCCGCGGGAGAAGCGGCCGACGUUCGCGGACAUCUCGUCGCGGUUGGGCGCGCCGAAGGGGGUGUAG